GGCUCAGUCGGCAAAGAACCGCGUGCCGUGCGCGUGCGUACACCGCCGCCGGCGUACGAUGCACUCCGCGUAGAAACGCUACAUACAGUCACCAUGCUCGUGCCUCCUGAGAUGAUGGCGGCGCAGUCCAAGCUCGUCUACCAGAUGAACAAGUACUACAACGAGCGGGUCGCCAACAGGAAGGCGCAGAUCACCAAGACCAUACACGAAGUGUGCCGGAUAGUGCAAGAUGUGCUCAAGGAGGUGGAGCUCCAGGAGCCUCGGUUCAUAUCCUCACUCACGGACUACAAUGGCCGGUUCGACGGCCUGGAAGUGGUGUCACCUCAUGAGUUUGAAAUAGUUAUUUAUUUGAAUCAAAUGGGUGUGUUAAACUUCGUGGACGACGGCUCCCUGCCCGGCUGCGCUGUGCUCAAGUUGAGCGACGGCAGGAAGCGCUCCAUGUCCCUGUGGGUCGAGUUCAUCACCGCCUCGGGCUACCUCUCUGCUAGGAAGAUACGCUCCAGGUUCCAGACUCUGGUCGCACAAGCAUGCGACAAGUGUUCUUACAGAGAUUGUGUCAAAAUGAUCGCAGAGACGACAGAGGUGAAGCUCAGAAUUCGCGAGCGGUAUAUUGUGCAAAUAACGCCUGCAUUCAAAUGUGCCGGACUGUGGCCGCGCUCCGCGGCGCACUGGCCGCUGCCCGCCAUACCCUGGCCACACCCUAAUAUCGUGGCUGAGGUUAAAACUGAAGGCUUCGACUUACUGUCAAAGGAAUGUCUCGCACUGCAGGGAAAGAACUCUGCAAUGGAAGGCGACGCUUGGGUGUUGAGUUUCUUCGAGGCAGAGAACCGUCUGCUGCAGGGCGGGUGUCGGCGAAAGUGCUUGAGUAUAUUAAAGACGAUUCGCGACAGACAUUUAGACCUGCCCGGCAACCCGGUGACCUGCUACCACAUGAAGACGCUACUGCUGUACGAGUGCGAGAAGCACCCGCGGGAGCACGAGUGGGACGAGGUGGCCAUCGGGGACCGCAUCAACGGUAUCUUCCUGCAGCUGAUCUCGUCGCUGCAGUGCCGCCGCUGCCCGCACUACUUCCUCCCGCACGUGGACCUGUUCAAGGGCAAGUCCCCGACGGCGCUGGAGAACGCCGCCAAGCAGGUGUGGCGGCUGACGCGGGAGAUGCUCACCAACUCGCGCGCCUUCGAGAAGCUGUGAGCUGAUGGCGGACGCUGUGUGGAGUGCUAGUGCCGCGUGUGUGUGACGCUCAGUCGUUCAGUAGUCGUAGUCAUGUCAUGUGUCGAGGCACAGUGUCAGUAUACGGUUGUAGUAAGUGCUAUCUGAAAUAUUCCAUUCGGAUCGGACAGACUGUAAGUAGAAGUGAUACUAAUAUACGCUAGGGACGCAGUUUCGAUAUAAUAUUUUUGUGAUAUACUGUAAAUAGCUUAACGUUGUACAAUUUUAGUGAUAUAUUUAAUUUAAAAUCAUCGUGUAUUUAUUUGACUGAAAUCUUAUAAAGUAGGCGCAUAAUCUACUUAUAGUUAAAAUAAAUAAUUUGAAAUUAUAACAUUUACUUUGAUUUGUAGUUUAAUCCCGCACUAACAGACACACACAUGAAUACACAGCACAUUAGUAAAGCUACACGUGACAAGAUAAUAUAAAGUUCCGCUUCAUG